AUGUACACUAACACAGCUCCUCUAUUUUAUCCAGUGAUAGGAAUGGACCUUCCUCAACCUGACAAGCUGACGGUGAAUAUUUUGGAUGGGGAGGUAAUAAUACAUUGGAACCGUCCUGGGAACAUCUCUUCAAACUCCAAGUAUAAUGUACAAAUGGGAAAAUACAAUGGUGAAUGGACGCCGGUAAAAACCUGCACGGGGAUAACAAGGACCUUCUGUGACCUGACAAGUCUUAUUCAUGAUUAUCGCACUGGCUACAAGGCCAGAGUUCAAGUGGUUGCAGGAGAUGACGCGUCUGCUUGGACAGCCAAGAAAGUUACCCCAAAUCAAAGUGAAUUGCUGCCUCCCUCCUUUACUUUGUGGGCGACUUCCAGCACUCUAACAGUUUACGUUCACCAAAAACCCAUUCUGAAAAAACUCUUUCCAUAUGGGGUGAUCUACACCAUCUACCUGGAGGAAAAAGGGAAACAUAAUAGGACUACCACAGCAUACCUCAAAGAUGACACUGAGAUAGAUCAGAGAACAAAAGUUUUCUCUUCUCUCCACUGGGGGAGAGAAUACUGUGUCAGCAUCAAGGUGGAGAGCAAUGGAGCUAACUUUGCCAGCACCGUGUCUCAGAGCGAGUGUCUGCUUCUACCAGAGCAAGAAUGGUUCAUAACCGCUGUGUCGUCCCUGUCUGUUCUGGGUGUGUUGGCUGUCAUUGCUAUUAUGGCAGCUAUCCUCCUGUGUUAUCUGAGACGUCCAGAGAAAACACCAGUUGCAUUGAAAUCCCCUCUGAGCGGCUGGCAUCCACUCUCAGUUGGAGAAGGAACUAUGGAAGUCGUUACAGACAAAGGAUGGUUCCUUUCCAGUUAUAGAACAGAGCUGAAAAACUUUGUCAAGACCCCAGAGGAGGAUGUUACAGUAAUGGAGGACAACGAGGAGGAAGAAAGAAGGACCAGCAUGGACAGCGGAGUAGGCGUGGAGGCUAAUUCUGCUACAAACAAUGGAGGAAACUCUCCGAUGAGACAAGAGGACAGUGGCUGUGGAAGCAUGGGAGGACCAGAGAGCUCCACCAGCAGUCAGACAGAUUACCCCCUGCAGGAUGACACGACUGAUACUGAUUCAGUUCAGAAAAGGGAGGACAGCGGGAUGGGAAUGGGCUGCCGGCUCGAUUCUUCCUUUGUGAACCUGGAUGGACGGGACAGCGGGUCUCUAAAGGAGUCUGUUUCUGUGGGUAAUUAUCGCAGCCAGAGCUCCUUGGCUGUGCAAAUCCACAUCUGUGAUGAAGAGGACACAUUUAAACAGAUACUUCCAGACUCAGUUUUGGCCGAAGUGGUCACAGGAUACAGAGCUGGGCCUCAGUCAUGUAUCUGUUCAGGAGCAGGUCAAUGCACUUGGUGUCAUAAUCAAGGCCAUUAUGGAACUGAAGUUGUCAAACAAUACAAAGCUUUGUGCAUCGAAAACAGACUGCUGGGCAGCGAAUGUAACUUGCAGGACUCUUACAACAGAGAGAUUACAUUUCAAGGCUAUGCUAAGAAAACACAAAUGGACACUGUCAUGAUAGAUGACUUGGACACAAAGUUUCUCCACCUUGAGGAGACUUUUCCUCUGCUUACAUCUCUCUCACCGCUGCCACUGGUCAACUGUGCACAGGAUUUCAAUAUGAACAAUGUGUCCCUCUCCCUUUGUGAUGUACAGCUGAAAAUUGACUGAUUCAUUGAGGAAUGCAACACUAUUUAUAGAGUCCUUUUACUGACACAGUUUGUUGUGCUGUUUGAGCAAUACACUCCCCAUGACACACUUAUUGUACUAGUAUGUGGUGAAGUGCUCUAGUACGGAAAAUCUGUAGAAAAAGGGGAGAAAAUGUGAGCAGAAAACAGAGCAAGACUCAGGCAGUUGUUGAACAUGGGAAGGAAAUAGAGGUUAGACCUCACAGCUGCUGGCUGGUUGACUGUUGAUUGAGUCUUAGAGGCUCAUGAUGACAGAGAACGUAGCAUGAAGGCGUCACUUAACCCUGUUUCACUGGGUAUAUUUACCACUGGCUGAUAUGUAGCGUGCCGGAAGUGAAACUGGUGUGGGGAGCACUGAAGAGAAACAGUUGAACACUUACGUGCAUUUGGACAUUUUGCGAUAUCUCCCCAUCAUCACUUACAACCUUACAUCAGCUACCCACUCUUAGAGCCUGUGCUCAGUUUUUUUUUUCUUUCCCCUUUUGAACAUUAGGAAAUGAAAAUUACUUACGAUUUCUCAUUUAUCAGCAAUAUUUUCAGAUCAUAUCUCAUCAUAUCAUCAUUCCACAACAAGUGAUGGCAAACACAAGGCAAUAUAAAUGAUUAAACCUUUCAUGACUUAUUUUCAGUAUUGUACAGGGCCCUUGGUUUCUGACUCUUUUUUUUUUUUUUGGAGGUCUUGUUUUCUGACACAGAAAGUAACUUUAUUUUUUAACAGACUAAACAGCAGACAUGUCUUUUUGCUACUUGCCUGUAAAAACUAUUUAUUAGAUGUAAUAAAAAAAAAUAAUAAUAAUGUUUUUUA